UCAGUUCAUGCUGAACUCCUUCUUGAAAUCACAGUUCUGUUUUUUGCGCACGAGUUCCUACUUUGUUUUAACCAUUAAGUUACAAUGAUUUUCAACCAAACAUUAGUAAAGUUUUCUAUUUUACAAAUUUUUAUAAGCGUGACAUAUACAAAUAGACAUUACUGCGAAGCGACCGUGCCACCAGACGUCAAAAUCAAAACGGAUAAGCUCGUCAGUUAUUUGCUUUCAAAAAAUGACAUGCUUUCACCGCCAUCCGAAGCAAUUGCACUCAAUGAAAGUACUGCAAAUCGACCUUCAGUUGAAAUUGAUCUCACAUACAUGGAUUUUAAUAUCGAAGAUGGAAUACUUCUAUUGAUCGGGAGAAUCACACUGCAUUGGUUUGAUAAUCGAAUGGCUUGGAACCCCCAAAAAUCCGAAGGACAAGGAAUUCUACAAAUAGAUCUCGACUCUAAUUCUAUUUGGAAGCCAACUCUAAUACUAAACAAUAACUUGUUCCGAGGCUAUGGUUUCAAUAGCGACAUUUUAGGGAGGCCCGAGCAUAGGGUUAUAUCACUUGGCGCUGGUUACAUGAUUUGGAGGUCGUCAAUUGAAAUUCCUACUAGAUGCGAUCUGAGCUCUAAUAGAUGGCCGUGGGAUCUUCAAAAGUGCAGUCUCAAUUUCACCGCCAAUACACCAGCUAUGGAUCCAUGCAUUUGGCCAAUAGAAGAAGAAGAAGAAGACGACAAAUGGGAUAUACCACAAGUGAAAUCAUUAUGGAAAAUCACUAACAUCACAAAAGAAUUUCAUUUCCCUUACUUCGACGUAGAAAUAACUUUCAGGAUGAAAAGUCAUUCGUUGCAGAUCGUAUCAUGCUUGACGUUCGUAGCUGUGAGUUUAGUGACGCUGCCAUCAUUCCUGAUAUCGCCAAUAAAUAGGAAUAAACUACCAUCGAAAAUAUCAUCUCUACUACUUCUUGUAUUUCUUUUGGCGAUGUUUGCGAAUUCGAUUCCUAAUUUCACCGUGUCAGCGUUCAAUUUCAUGAUCGGAGUCCUCGUGUUGAUAUCAAUAAUGGGAACAUCCAGCUGCAUCACUGCCUACUUAGUUCGAUUGGCGAGAAAAUCAGAAUCAUAUCAUCCAUCGCUGAUCAUGAAAGAUCCCGAUUCAGAAAAAAAAGAAGGCGAAAAUGAUACGUUGAAUAGAAUACUGUCAGUAGACGUUACAACCGAUGAAGAUUUCAUUAGUGGGGAAUCACUGUCGAAAAGAUCUCAAUACGAAUGGUUGAAAAUAGCUCGAGUGAUUGAGUAUUCAUUAUUUGCAAUUUGUUUGAUAAUCGUUAUAAUUCUCAUCAUAAAUUUGAUCACCUGAUUUUUACCUAAGUACUUUGCUUAGCCUCUUUUUUCAAUGAAAUCAGAGUACCUAAGAAUACCGCGUUCCAAUUUAUAGGUAGGUACAUUUAACUAAGUAUCUUCUUAUAUUAUUUUUUCAAUGUUUUUUUAUUCAAAUUUACUCAAUUGGUCCAAUCUACACACAAAAUAACCAAUAAAAAUAUCAAUGGUUGAAA